AGCGCGGGGCCCAGGCCGGGGGCGGCGCGGGGCGGCGCGGGGCGGCGCGAGGUUGCGGGGCUGUGGGUCUGCGGGGCCGCGGCCCGGGCGCCGUGGCCAUGGGCAGCCCUUCGCUGUCCGAGGACUACCGGCAGUGCCUGGAGCGCGAGCUUCGGCGCGGGCGCGCGGGCGUGUGCGGGGACCCGUCGCUGCGCGCCGUGCUCUGGCACAUCCUGGUGGAGGACUUCGACCUGCACGGCGCGCUGCAGGACGACGCGCUGGCGCUGCUCUCGGACGGGCUGUGGGGCCGCGCCGACCUGGCGCCCGCGCUGCGCGGCCUGGCGCGCGCCUUCGAGCUGCUGGAGCUGGCGGCCGUGCACCUGUACCUGCUGCCCUGGAGGAAGGAGUUCACCACCAUCAAGACCUUCUCCGGGGGCUAUGUGCACGUGCUGAAGGGGGCGCUCUCCGAGGACCUGCUCAUCCAGAGCUUCCAGAAGAUGGGAUACGAGCGCAGGGACGGACACCGCCUCAUGGUGGCCGCCCUGCCGCCCGCCAGCCAGCUGCUGCAGGUGGCCCUGGGCUGCUUUGCCCUUCGGCUGGAGUGUGACAUCCUCUGUGAGGUGCUGGCCCAGCUGGGCACCAGCAUGCUGCCAGCUGAGGAGCUGCUCCGGGCGCGCCGGGCCAGUGCUGAUGUGGCCUCCUGUGUGGCCUGGCUGCAGCAGCGGCUGGCCCAGGACGAGGAGCCGCCCCCUCUGCCCCCCCGGGGCGCCCUGUCCCUGUACCAGGCCCAGCUGGACCUGUACCAGGAGCUCCCAGAGGAUGAGGGCUCGGAGGCGGCAAGCUUGUACGAGGGGUCUUCCCCUGGCCCGGACUCGCCGUCCUUGGAGCUGGCCUACCAGCCGCACCUCUGGGCGCAGAGUGCCAAGCUCUGGGGCAGUGGCAGUGCAGGCUGGGAGCCCGGGGCUGAGGAGGGGCUGCCGCCCUACAGGGCCCUGGAGGAGCCUGGGGCCUUUUCCUUCCUCUCCUUGCACACGGAGCUGUCGAGCGAGUCUGAGGACCCGGCUGCUGCCAAGGCCCCCGGGAGCCCCAGGCGGGCAAGUCCCCCCCAGAGCCCUGGCCUGGCCCACGAGCCCGCUGCCUACCAGGCCCACAAGUGCCUGGCACCGGGCACCCUGCCCACCGUCUGCUGUGACACGUGCCGCCAGCUGCACACGGCCCACUGCGCCUCCCUGUCUGCCUGCCGGCCCAGCCAUGCGCUGCGCGUGCUGCUGGGGGACACACAGCGGCGCCUGUGGCUGCGGAGAGCCCAGGUGGACACUCUGCUCCGGGAGGGCCCGGGGGCCCAGCCCUAGGCCCGGGCAGGCCCCAAAGCUCUCUGGGGUCUCUGGUGCUUCUCUGACCCUGCAGGGCCCUGCACACCCUACACCCACGGGCACCUAGAUGCCACAGCCCCAGGCAAGCCCCUCCCCAGGCCCCCUGACCCCCGACCCACGCCUCACUGGGCACUGUCCACGUGGUCUCAGGAACCAGAGCUCUGUGAGGACCGGCCCGUGGCCGGUGGGCCUGCCCUUCUCUGCCCCAUGGUGGGCACAGAGCUAGGUCGAAGCUCGAGAGCUUCUCCACACUUUGCACCUCACUCGGCACGACCCCAGGCCCCUGCGGUGCCCCUGCA